AAUACCCCCGCACGCGCUGCGGAUGAGGCCACGCAACGCAAUCUUGCAAUCCAGCCCCCGAAAGAGACCUAAAAACCGCCACCAGGCUUUCGAUCGCGCCGAGGGAGGAGGACGAGCAAUGGCGGCCGAGGAGGGAGUCGUGAUCGCGUGCCACACCAAGGAGGAGUUCAAGAACCAGAUGACCAAGGCCAAGGAUGCCGGCAAGCUGGUGAUCAUUGACUUCACUGCCUCCUGGUGUGGUCCUUGCCGCAUCAUCGCCCCGGUGUUUGCUGAAUUAGCCAAGAAGUUCACUGACGCUUUCUUCCUGAAGGUCGAUGUUGACGAGCUGAAGGAAGUAGCCUCAGAGUACGAGAUCCAGGCGAUGCCGACCUUCCUCUUCAUCAAGAACGGUGAGAAGAUCCACACUGUUGUUGGUGCCAGGAAGGAGGACCUCCAGACCAGCAUCGAGAAGCACGCCUCCGCCACUGCUGCUUCCGCCUCCGCCUAAGGCAAUAGCGCCGCCAGUUAUCAAUAAGGGCCAGCCCACGGCGUGGUAGCAGUAGGCGUCGUAAUUUUCAGUUUGGUUUGGGUGAAUUGUGAGCUAUGUUCAAAUCUGGAGUCCUGAUAUGUUUGGUUCCUGUGCUGGACCUGUUAUCGUCCUGAAUACCUGUGUUGAUAUGGAUGCUUUGUGACUGAAAGUUUGAAUAUGGGUUGUCUGACUAUA